AUGGCCACUCGCUUCACAUUCAUCUUUGCGGCUUCACUUUUCAUCUUGCUUCUUGGUUCGUACCUACCAUCUCUUCUUCCUUCCCUUUUGCAACUUUGCUCUAACAAUGUCGAUACAGCCAGUAGAGAUUGUUGCUCUGGGAGUUUUAUUGGAGUCUGCUAUGGAAGAAGUGCCGAUGACCUUCCUACACCUGACAAGGUGGCACAGCUGGUUCAACUUCAUAAAAUCAAAUAUGUCAGGAUUUAUGAUUCUAACAUACAGGUUCUGAAGGCAUUUGCAAACACUGGGAUCGAGCUUAUGAUUGGGGUUCCGAAUUCAGAUUUGUUGUCAUUGUCUCAGUUCCAAUCUAAUGCAGACAGAUGGCUGAAAAACAGUGUCCUUCCUUACUAUCCGGCCACGAAGAUCACGUACAUAACUGUUGGUGCCGAAGUCACUGAGAGCCCUAAUAAUACCUCUUCACUUGUUGUGCCUGCCAUGACUAAUGUGCUUACAGCACUCAAGAAACUUGGGCUGCACAAAAAGAUAAAAGUUUCCAGUACCCAUUCCCUUGGGGUUUUGUCCCGCUCAUUCCCGCCUUCUGCUGGGGCAUUCAAUAGCAGCCAUGCACAUUUCCUAAAGCCAAUGCUAGAAUUUCUCGCUGAGAAUCAGUCACCUUUUAUGAUUGAUAUAUAUCCUUAUUAUGCUUACCGUGAUUCCCCUAGUAAAGUGUCCUUAGACUAUGCCCUAUUUGAGGCUUCCUCUGAAGUGAUUGAUCCAAACACUGGUCUGCUGUAUACAAACAUGUUUGAUGCCCAGAUUGAUGCUAUUUACUUUGCACUGAUGGCCUUAAACUUCAGAACAAUUAAGGUCAUGGUGACUGAGACUGGUUGGCCUUCCAAAGGGUCACCUAAGGAGACAGCUGCAACUCCGGAUAAUGCACAAACAUAUAAUACUAAUCUGAUAAGGCAUGUUAUCAACAACACUGGUACUCCUGCAAAGCCUGGAGAGGAGCUAGAUGUUUAUAUUUUCUCAUUGUUCAAUGAAAAUAGGAAACCUGGUUUAGAAUCUGAGAGAAACUGGGGAUUAUUUUAUCCCGACCAGACAAGUGUGUAUAGCCUAGAUUUCACUGGACGGGGUGCAGUUGAUAUGACCACCGAGGCAAAUAUAACCAGGUCCAAUGGAACCACAUGGUGCAUUGCUUCAAGUAAGGCCUCACAAAUUGACUUGCAGAAUGCAAUAGAUUGGGCAUGUGGUCCUGGCAAUGUGGACUGUACAGCGAUACAGCCUAGCCAGCCUUGUUUUGAGCCAGAUAACCUAGCUUCACAUGCAUCUUAUGCGUUUAAUAGCUAUUAUCAGCAAAAUGGAGCGUCUGAUGUUGCGUGCAGUUUUGGAGGCACAGGUGUAAAAGUUGACAAGGAUCCAAGCUAUGACAACUGCAUCUACAUGAGAGCUGGAAGUAAUAAAACUGUGACAAGCAAUACAACAGCAAUGUCUUCUUCAACUUCAUCCUCUUCACGGAAUGGAAAUUCUACAUCAAUUUUUACUUUUCUGAUUGUAACUUAUCUCUCUGCCCUGAUGCAUAUUCAAUGGAGCUGA